AUCAAAAGACAUCAUACAUACUAAAAGCCUAGUGCUGUGAAGUCAUGGAGACUGUGUCUUACACAUUAUCCAUCUUAUCAAAACCCCUCCUUAGCUUCCUUCUAAACCUCUCUCCCUUGAUUCACUUCACCACCCACCAUCUUCAUGGCGGAAACCUCCUCUCCCUCCCCAUCUCCGCCGCCUCAAACGCCCAAAACCUAUACCCUCACCGCCGCCUCAAUCUCCUACGUAAAACCCACCACCUUUGCCUCCGCCUUCCACCUCCUCUUCAAGCCAUGCAACGCCGCCGCCGCCUCACCUCCGUCUUACAUCUUAAAAGACGUUUCCGUGACAGCUCACCCUUCCGAAAUCCUCGCCGUCGUGGGCCCCAGCGGCGCCGGAAAAUCCACCUUGCUUGAUAUUCUCGCCGCCCGGACUUCCCCGUCCUCCGGCACCCUCCUCCUUAACGCCUCGCCGUUAAACACUUCCUCCUUCCGUAAGCUCUCCGCUCACGUCCCGCAACACGACGCGUGUCUGCCGUUACUAACCGUCUCCGAAACUUUCGCCUUCUCCGCCCGCCUCCUCCACCCGAAAUCCGCCGACGUUUCCGGCAUCGUCCACGCGCUCCUCGAGGAUCUCAGACUAACGCACCUGGAACACACCCGACUCUCCCACGGCCUCUCCGGCGGAGAACGGCGGCGCGUGUCGAUCGGCCUGAGCCUCCUCCACGAUCCGGCCGUUUUGCUCCUCGACGAACCCACCUCCGGCCUCGACAGCAAGUCCGCCUUCCACGUCAUGCACACGCUCCGCUCAAUCGCCGACACGCGCCACCGCACUGUCAUCCUCUCUAUCCAUCAACCCAGCUUCAAAAUCCUCUCCACCAUCGACAAAAUCCUCUUGCUCUCAAAAGGCGCCGUCGUCCACCACGGCACGCUCUCAUCCCUCGAAGCUUUCUUACUCGCCAAUGGCUUCACUGUACCGCCUCAGCUCAACUCCUUAGAAUACGCCAUGGAAACACUCAACAAACUCCCAUCAUCAUCCUCUCCCGAAUCCCCCCAAAACGACACCGUUUCAGAAACCAGAAAAUCAGAAAUUACGAUCAAAUACAAGAGUUCAAGGCUCCAGGAAAUCGGAGUUCUAUACAAGCGGUUUUGGAUGAUUAUAUACAGAACAAAACAGCUUUUAUUCACGAACACAUUACAAGCUUUAGGCGUCGGUUUGGUUUUAGGAACAAUUUACAUAAACAUAGGAUUCGAUAAGGCGGGAAUGGAAAAACGGUUAGGCCUUUUCGCGUUCACACUCACUUUCUUACUCUCUUCAACCACCGAAACGCUUCCAAUCUUCAUCAACGAACGUCCGAUUCUUCUUCGAGAAACUUCUAGCGGAAUCUACCGGUUAUCCUCGUACAUUAUCGCCAACACUCUCGUAUUCCUGCCGUAUCUCCUCGCCGUGGCAAUUUUAUACGCCGUCUCCGUCUACUUCCUCGUCGGCCUCUGCGCCACGUGGCAGGCGUUCAGUUUCUUCGUUUUGGUGAUUUGGAUCAUCGUUUUAAUGGCGAACUCCUUCGUUUUAUUCCUCAGCGCCGUCGCGCCGAAUUUCAUCGCCGGCACGUCGCUGGUGACGGCGCUGUUGGCCGGAUUUUUUCUGUUCUCCGGCUACUUUAUCUCGAAGGACAGCUUGCCGAGGUUCUGGAAGUUUAUGCAUUAUUUCUCCAUGUAUAAGUACGCGCUGGACGCGCUGCUGAUAAAUGAGUAUUCCUGCUUGGUUUCGAGGUGUUUAAUGUGGUUUGACGAGGAGCAUACGACGUGCAUGUAUAGCGGCGGGGAUGUGCUGGAGAGUAGAGGGCUCCAUGAAGGGGAAAGGUGGAGGAAUAUAUAUGUUCUGAUUGGGUUCUUCGUUCUGUAUAGAUUGCUUUGCUUGUUGGUGUUGAUUAGAAGGGUUUCGAGCUCCAAGAAGUGAUGAGAUAAUGCAUAUCUGGAAAUCUGGAAUUGGAAUUCGCCAUUCUUGAUCAUAUCCGCUUGUCUUUUGAUCUGAUGAUGCAUUAUUGUACUGAUUAUUCGUAUAAAUAAUUAAAAUUAAAUUUGCUGUUUUA